UACUAUUAAUUGAUAAGAAAAUAACACUGAAGGCCUCUAACAUAUCACAGUAUAAUAAGUAUAUAGGGCAAGUUAGUUCACUUUAAAUUAAAUUAAGUUAAAUUAAAUUAAAGCACACUUCUUACAGUAUAGAACUAGUCGGGCUUUUAUGCCUUGUUUUAGUUCUUAUUCUUUGACUCUUUUUCUGUUGAUAUAAUUUACAUUAAUGCUUAAGAGUAAACUUUAAGUGUGGGUAAAAACGAAAUAAUUACUUACAAAGCUUAAUUCUUCAUUUCCUUUGAGAGAGAAAAGUUAUGGAAAAGCAGCUCUUAUCUAAAGCAAAGAGCCCACAGAUUGAUUUCAUUGGCCCUGGAUGUAUUUAAUGGGUUUUUACUGUGCACAUAAUUUCCAGAAGCAUUGUUAUUUAUUUAUUAAUUAUAAAUUUGGUGUAACCAUUUCAUAGGGUUACACAAAACUACCCAGUUGUGCAUGUCUGAUGUAAUUUCACAUAUGAAUGUAUGAAUUACUUGUCUUAUUCAUGUUGAUACAGCCUCAGUCCAUGGCGCAUCCGUGUGGGGGGACCCCAACAUACCCAGAAUCACAGAUAUUUUUCCCAACUAUUCAUGAACGUCCAGUUUCUUUCUCACCACCUCCCACCUGCCCACCGAAAGUAGCCAUUUCCCAGCGGCGUAAGAGCACCUCCUUCCUGGAAGCCCAAACUCACCACCUCCCACCCCUGCUGAGGACUGUCGGCCAGAGUCUUCUUCCGCCUGGGGGCAGCCCAACUCACUGGACACCAGAGGCUGUAGUUAUGCUGGGUACUACAGCCAGUAGAGUAACUGGAGAGUCAUGUGAGAUACAGGUCCAUCCUAUGUGUGAACCAUCUCAAGUUUACAGUGAUUAUAGACCUGGACUAGUACUUCCAGAAGAAGCUCACUAUUUUAUUCCUCAGGAAGCAGUGUAUCUAGCUGGGGUACAUUACCAGGCCCGGGUGGCAGAACAGUAUGAGGGCAUUCCAUACAACUCAUCAGUACUGUCAAGUCCUAUGAAACAGAUACCUGAACAGAAGCCAGUACAAGGGGGCCCUACUUCAAGUUCUGUCUUUGAAUUUCCAUCUGGACAGGCUUUCCUGGUAGGACACCUUCAGAAUCUAAGAUUAGAUUCUGGAUUGAGUCCAGGAUCUCCCCUCUCUAGUAUUUCUGCACCUAUCAGUACAGAUGCUACACGUUUGAAAUUUCACCCUGUCUUUGUUCCUCAUUCUGCGCCCGCUGUGUUAACUCAUAACAAUGAGAGCAGAAGCAACUGUGUAUUUGAAUUUCAUGUUCACACACCAAGCUCCUCUUCAGGAGAAGGAGGUGGAAUUUUACCUCAGCGUGUUUACCGAAAUCGGCAGGUUGCAGUGGACUUGAAUCAAGAAGAACUGCCUCCUCAAUCAGUUGGAUUACAUGGCUACCUGCAGCCUGUGACUGAAGAAAAGCAUAAUUACCAUGCCCCAGAAUUGACCGUUUCUGUGGUAGAGCCUAUCGGACAGAACUGGCCAAUAGGAAGCCCAGAAUAUUCCAGUGAUUCCUCACAAAUCACUUCUUCAGACCCCAGUGAUUUUCAGUCACCUCCCCCUACAGGGGGAGCAGCUGCAUCUUUUGGCUCUGACGUCUCAUUACCCUUUAUCCAUCUGCCUCAGACAGUGUUACAAGAAUCCCCACUUUUCUUCUGUUUCCCCCAAGGAACCACAUCUCAGCAGGUCUUAACUGCCUCAUUUUCUUCAGGAGGAUCUGCACUUCAUCCACAGGUUAUAGGAAAACUUCCACAAUUAUUUUAAACUACCCUACUUUGCACCACAACAUUUAAAUUUUCUAUUCCUCAUUUCCCUGAAUCAUGGAUUUUUGAGAAAUAUUGUUUAAUUUUAUCAGUAGAAUUUCCCCAUCUUUGGAGGGUUGUGAACUACAUAUAUGUAUUUAAAAACAAAAUAUGAGAGAAGCUACCUGAUUUACCUAUUAUAUGUGAAAACUGGUGGAAAAAAGAACGCAAAAACUAGAAUUUUAGUCAUUCAUCAAAAUCAAUGACUUCUAUCCCUAUGCACAUUAUUUUCAACCAGUAGUGAAAAUGCAAGUGUAUAUAUUGUAUGGUUGACCCAGCAUUAUUUAGGAAUACAAAUCUUAAAUAUUACUUUCUUCCUCCAAACAAGUUUUUAAAAAAUAGGGUAAAUUUUUUUUUCUGUAAAAUAUAAAAAAAAGGAAAAUAGGGAAUGCUUUUUUUGUAGUAGUAGUAAUAAUACACAGAAUUUUCAUUAGUGUAGAAGGAUCUAAAAAGACAAAAUAUAUCUUACGGGAACAAAAAAAGAUAGAAAAGGAAACAGUUUAGGAAUUUGCCUUAAAUGAAAAUGCCUUUUUAAAAUGGCAUCAGUCAAGCAAGUUGCUGUGUAUUAUUAUAUGUCCAAAUAAAAUGCUAAUUCAUAAAAUUAAGGACUGAUUCUAAUUUCUAGCAACUAACAAUCUAGUGGGUGGUGGGCUUUUUUUUGUUAUAAGAAUUUGUGAUAUGUUGCAAGCUAAGGAACAGUAGACAUCUCAGGCCUUGUAUUUUCCUCAACAAAUUUGAUUUUAGUUAUUUAUGUGUAUGAGCAUAUACACACUUAGCAUAUAAAGACAAUGUAAUGAAUGUAAUAGAAUUCAAAA